CCCCAACCAAUAAAUAAACAAAGAUAAAAUUUAAUAAUUAAUACUGUAAAUUUAUGUAAUGUACAUAUCGGCGAAGAGAAAAAUGAUGAUUUUCCUCUGAGCUUCAAGAACAACUUCUCGUAUAUCUAUUUUUGGAACGUUCAAUUUGAUUUCAUUCGUAUUUUCGUUGUCACUAUUGACCCCAAUCAUGGAAGACAUUGAUAGUGUUCAGGCAGAGGUAACAUAUGAUGAAACUGCAAAUGUGGGCGGUCUUGAAGAGGUUCAUCCAAGUGAUCCCGUCAUUAAGUCUACAAAUUUUGGAGAUCUUGAUAAUACCCAUGAUGAUCAUGAUGAUGAUUUAUUUGUGAAAGUGGAAGAUCCAGAAAAACAUAUAGAAGGUUAUGUUAGUUACUAUGUGUUGACAAAGACAACACGGAGUGAGUUUGAUGAACCACAUUAUUCAGUAAGAAGAAGAUAUCAAGAUUUUCUCUGGCUACGACAUAGAUUAGAAGAAAGUUAUCCCACCCAUGUUAUUCCGCCAUUACCAGAGAAGAAUUCGUUUACAAAACAUUUUGAUCGUUUCUCAGAAGAAUAUAUGAAAAGACAAGAUGCUUUGAAUCGAUUUGUCUGUCGAGUAGCUUCUCAUCCUGUGCUUUCGUUCAGUGCAUUUCGAAUAUUUCUUACAGCUAAAACAUGGGAACUGAUGACAGCAAAAAAACAAUCUCCUGGAAGGAUAAGUAGAAUUGGGGAUUCAGUGAAGAACGCAGCCUCGUCCAUGAUGCUAAAAACAAGAGAUCAGGAGUUUAUUGAUAUCCUAGAAUUUGCGAAAACAUUUUAUGAAAAAAUAGGCUCGUUGGAGAAAAUUACUGAUAAGAUAGCUCGUGAACGUUUUGAUCUUCUAGAGAGUUAUAGGGACUGUAUACCUGUGUUCAGGCUGUGGUCAAACUCUGAGAUUAAGCUUGGUGACUCAUUAAACGAGAUAGCAGAUGCUAUGGAGAAGAACAACGAAGCAUUAAAAUCUUUGUUAAAGUUACAAGAUGCUAGUAUUAUGGAGCCUCUCAAGGAGUACAUCUUGUACAUUGAUUCUAUCAAGGGUGCUCUAAAAAGACGAGAUGCGAAGCAGAUGGAAUAUGAAGUGACUGUCGAGGAAUUAAAACGAAAGAAAAAAGAAAAGGAGGAGUUGGAGAAAUCAACACAAUCUCGAUCGUUUGGAGUAUUGAUUGGCAGUAGAGAUCCUGAAGAAGUGAAAAAAGAAAAAAUUGACAAGUUAAAUUUAACAAUACAAGAUCUUGAACAGAGUGUCGAAGCGGCUAACGAUAAAGCUGAGUGUGCAAAUCAUGAUUUAAAAGCAGACAUUGAACGAUGGCAUAAGAACAAACGUCACGAUUUCAAGAAACUAUUUACAAGUUAUUCAGAACAUCUUAUUGAGUUCUUUAAACAGAAUUAUGAAGCGUGGAGCGAAGCUUUGAAGAAACUGGAAACUACUUCAUUGGAAGACAAUAACAAAGAGUAAAGAUGUCAGCAAAUAAUCAAUAUUAUAGUUUUGAUUUCCCCUUUUAAUUCCAAUUAUAACUAAAGUGAUUUUUAUAAAAUAUUGACUUAAUUAAUUAUUGAAUUAGGUUAAAUUUAAUUAAAGGGCUGUUACACGCUUUUAUUUUCGUUCUCAAGCUAAGAAACUUCUUCAAAUAUUGCUUGAGGAA